GAAAUAAUGGCGGCCCGCAAAGAAUCAGCGGCGUCAGCGUCCAAUUCAUUGGAUUGUCCUGUCAAACUGAUUCAGAUCGAGGGGCUGGUGGUGCUGAAGAUCAUAAAGCAUUACCAGGAGGAGGGCCAGGGGAGUGAGGUUGUACAGGGGGUUCUGCUGGGCUUGGUGGUGGACGACCGGCUGGAAAUCACUAACUGCUUCCCCUUCCCCCAGCACACAGAAGAUGACGCCGACUUUGACGAAGUCCAGUACCAGAUGGAGAUGAUGAGGAGUCUUCGCCACGUGAACAUCGACCAUCUCCACGUCGGCUGGUACCAGUCCACCUAUUAUGGCUCUUUUGUCAGCCGGGCUCUGCUGGACUCCCAGUUCAGUUACCAACACGCCAUCGAGGAGUCUGUUGUGCUUAUUUAUGAUCCUAUUAAGACGGCACAAGGCUCCUUGUCCCUCAAGGCUUACAGGUUAACACCCAAACUGAUGGAAAUCUGCAAGGAGAAGGAAUUUUCUCCAGAGGGGCUGAAGAAGGCCAACAUUGGCUACGAGCUCAUGUUUGAGGAGGUGCCCAUCGUGAUCAGGAACUCCCACCUCAUCAGUGUUCUCAUGUGGGAACUGGAGGACAAGUCCACGGUGGCCGACAAACACGAGCUCCUCAACCUCUCCAGCAGCAACCACCUGGAGAAAAGCCUCCAGCUGCUGAUGGACCGUGUGGACGAGAUGAGCCAGGACAUUGUGAAGUACAACACCUACUGUCGCAACCUCAGCAAGCAACAGCAGCAGAAGCAUCAGUAUCUGCAGAGGAGGCAGCAGGAGAACGCCCAGCGUCAAAGUCGAGGGGAGCCGCCAUUACCAGAGGAGGACCUCACCAAGUUGUUCAAGCCUCCCCCUGCUCCAUCACGGAUGGACACCCUUCUCAUCGCAGGACAAAUCAACAACUACUGCCAGAAUGUGAAAGAGUUUACCUCUCAGAACCUUGGGAAGCUCUUCAUGGCCGAAGCUUUGCAAGGGCAGAACAAUUAAGAGGACGAGCAGCGGAAAGGACUUGAAGCCGGUAGAAAAUAUUUUAAGAGUGUACCCCCGAAGAGUGACAAAGCCAGGUUUUUUUUUUUUCCUUUUUUUUUUUUUCCUCUCCCAUCCAUCAAAGAAAUACAGCAUGUUCCCAGCAUUUUACCCAGUAAAGAUCUCGUACAGAACAUUUCUGAGUUGUUUAUUCAUAAUAAACAGCACACACGUUUCAUCAAA